CCCCCUAGCUCAAGGUCCAAAUAGGGAUAAGAGGGUGUGCGCUUCCACAUUUAAAUUUAAACCAGUAAACUAAACCUUUGCGUUGAAAAAGAAUCGUUCAUUAAUUUCCAAGCUUAACUACCACUUCAUUUCUCAAUCACUACCAAUUACCAACCUUCUCUCCUCUCAUUCUCUCUCUAUUACAUCGCUGAUUAAUCAUAUUAAUGGAGAAUCACCACCACAACCACCGUGAAUUCUCCUUCUUAACCUCCUCCGGCGACUUCAUCCGUAGCAACAACACAGAUCCUCCAAUCAAAGAAAUGAAUCUCUUCUCAUCAUCACCUAACAACAACCAACAAGAAGAUCAAGAUCAACAUGUUAACGUAACGUUUUAUACAUUAAUAUUGAUCCUAUUUAUAUACAUAUUCUUAAUCGAUUUGAUAUAUGUUUCUUAUAUUAAUUUUCUAUUCAUACAGACAGGACUGAAUUUAACGUGUGCAAGUGCUGCAGUAUCCAAACUAGAAAAUCCUGAGAAUUCUGAAACUGAGCUGAUGAGUACACUGCAAAUUGAAUUGAGGAAGGUGCAAGAAGAGAAUCAGAAUCUAAGAAAUGUGUUGGAACAAAUCACCAAAAGCUAUAGCCAAUUACAAGCUCAGUUGUUCAUCGCUUUGCAGAAACAAAACCAUGUCGAUAAUAUGGAAGCAAAUCAUGUGAUGGAAUCAUCGGAACAAAAGACUAUGAAUGAUGCAUCUGUUUCCGAUGGAAAACAAGCUUGUCUUUCUGAUCAUAUUGCAAAAGAUGUUGUUGAAUGUUCUUCCUCGCACUCAUCAAAAACUUUUGAGCAAGACCUAACUCAUUUUAGAAAAGCUAGGGUUUCGAUACGAGCAAGAUCAGAAGCUCCAAUGAUUAGUGAUGGGUGUCAAUGGAGAAAAUAUGGACAAAAAAUGGCCAAGGGAAACCCUUGUCCUCGCGCGUACUAUCGUUGCACUAUGGCCGUAGGAUGCCCGGUUCGCAAGCAGGUCCAGAGAUGUGCGGAAGACAAAACGGUGUUGAUAACAACAUACGAAGGCAAUCACAACCACCCACUCCCACAGGCCGCAACUGCAAUAGCAAACACCACAUCAGCCGCUGCAGCAAUGCUACUAUCAAGUUCUUCAACCUCAUCAACACUAAGCAAAGACUCGGCACCAUUUUUAUCUUCUUUCCCUUACGCUACGAUAUCAACCCUGUCAUCUUCUCAACCAUUUCCAACUAUAACUCUCGACUUGACAAACAGCCACAGCCUUGCCAUGCAAGAAAACAGAAUUCCUCUACCGUUACAGCAUCCACAACAACUACUAGGUGUUAACCCGUUCUUCUUCUCACAGAAGCUACCAACUAUGGCUUUGCCCUUACUACAGCAAGGGCAACGGCCACCUAAUUCAAUGGUUGAGAGUGUGAGUGCAGCCAUUUCUUCGGAUCCAAACUUCACUGCAGCCUUGGCGGCAGCGAUUUCGUCAAUCAUUGGAGCACAAAGAGGCGGUGAUGAUAAUAAUAGUAACAAUGCAAGUGUGGUUCCUGCAGGUUCACCUCAGCUUCCUCUGUCAUGCACUACAUUCUCUACCAAUUAGUAUGUGAAUCUUGUUUGAGCAACUACAUAUAGUAUCUAUAUUUUUUUCUAUGUAUAGAAAGAGAAGGGAAGAUUAGUUGUGCCGCAUGAGUACAUUUUACUCUUA